AAAUGGAAACGGCAGUGCCUUUGGAAAUGUUUUACGACAACGUGUCGCUUCUAGGUGCCGCGAUAAACAACGUCUACAUCCAGGAGGACUUCGACGCGUUCAGCGUCACCAUGGUCGUGAUGUACCUGGCAGUUUGCAUCGUGGGAUUGGCCGGGAACUCGCUGGUUAUAAUCACCAUCCUAAAGCUGGACAAAAUGUCUUCGGCGACCACCGUCUACAUUUUCAACUUGGCUUUGGCUGAUGGACUUUUCAUGGUAGGACUCCCGUUUAUCGCUAUCCAAAACUUCCAAGACCAGUGGAUCUUCGGAGAUGCCGUUUGCAAGCUGGUUAUGGUUCUAGACGGCAUUAAUCAAUUCACAAGCGUGUUCUGCCUGACGGUAAUGAGUGUUGACCGCUACAUGGCGCUGGUAGACCCGAUGCGAUUCGCUCGUUGGCGGACGCCACGACGGGCGAAGAUCAUCGCUGCAUUAAUGUGGUUUAUCUCUCUAUUUCCCGUGCUUCCAAUGGCUAUUAACUUCUCUGCUAACUACGGUUUGUGCACCGUUGACCCUCACGUCGCAUCUGACACCUGGUGGUUGACCUUUCUCAGCUACACGUUUGUAUUGGGCUUUGCUUUGCCCUUCACCGUGAUGAUUGUGUUUUACACGGCACUGUUAGUGACUCUGAGAAACGCCAGAACGCAAACGUCUUCUUCGCUGGAGAGUCACAGGCUGGAGAAACAGGUUACUAAGAUGGUGGUGGCGGUUGUUUUGGUGUUUGGCGUUUGCUGGCUGCCGUUCUACGUCUUGAACUUUUGCUCUCUGCACCGAACGGAUCUGGCGCCGGAUUUCACACGUGGCUUUGAGUUUGUGGUGCUGCUGUCGUAUUCGUGGAGCUGCGCCAAUCCAAUCCUGUACGCAUGUCUGUCGGAAACUUUUCGAAGGCAUUUCCACGCCCUCCUCUGUCCCCAUAAGAGCUCGCCGACACACUGUGACCGAGACACCGAGGGCUACGUCCUGCGCGACACCAACGUGCAAGGCGUGCUAGCUUAGUGCAUCUGUGUU